CUUGGGAAGUGACGCAUCAGGGGUGGGGGAGCUGCAGAUCGCUCUGCGUUCGCCACUACUAUGUCUGCGCUGACGCGGCUGGCACCUUUCGGUCGCGUCGGAGGCCGCCUGCUCCGGGGCUGCCGAGCGCGGGCGGCUGGAGACGGUGGAGUCCGUCAUGCUGGCGGUGGGGUGCAUAUUCCGCCCAAGUACAGGGAAUUUCCCCAGCUUACCCGGAAACAGGUGGUCUACGGAGAGUUCUUAAGCUCACUCAUGUGGUUCUGGAUUCUCUGGCGCUUUUGGCAUGACUCGGACGCUGUGCUGGGCCACUUUUCAUAUCCAGAUCCUUCACAAUGGACAGAUGAAGAAUUGGGGAUCCCUCCUGAUGACGAGGACUGAAGGUAUAAGCUUAACUCUGUACAAGAGCAAGUUUCCAGAGGUCACAGUAGCAGCAGAAGCUGAAACGACGAGAGCAGUUGUGCGUUUCUGACAGCCACAGUAACCCCAACUGUGGCACUGGGGGCACUUCACAUCUGUGAGGGUGGGCUGUGCUUUUCACGCCUCUCCUCAUCCUCCCAGUCCUAUGUCGGUAAGACACCGAGAACAUAGAACAACAGUGAGUCUAAGCAGGCUAAUCCCUAGUUCUUUUCCUUAGAAGCAGGAAUUGCUUAAUAGGAAAUUUUAAAUACAUUCUUUAGUUUAGAAUAAUGUUGGAGUCCUCAUUUCCAUGUUUGGGCUGGAAAACUGAUGCAAGCCAGAUGUCAAAAACUCCCCAACCUGCUCAGAGAAAUGCCUUCUACAUGGCUGUAUAUACCUGAGGAAAUAUUUAAAUGGAAGAGGGUCCCACAGAAACAUUAAGUAUAGCAUUUGUUUGAUGGUAACAGAAUGGAAAUUCACAGCAAAUUGCAGCACAGGCCAGACACUGUGAGAGCAUGUGUUAUCUCAUUAACUCUUCACAGUAUUAUUUGUCUCAUAAGAUGAAGUUAUGGGUAGAUGGGUUGGAAAUUUGCCAAGCCAGAACUGAGGUCUUGGCUGUAGUCAGUUUUUUUUUUUUUUUUUUUAAGUCAAAUCUUAGUUUCUAUACGACUCAAAGUUCCCAAACAGUGCUUCCUGUUUAUUCUAGUGUGUGGACUUAAAACAUGGCUAGUGGAUCCAGGCUUGGUGGUGGACACCUUUAAUCCCAGUACUCAGGAGGCAAAAGCAGGCAAGUCUCUGUUGAGUUUGAGGCCAGUCUGGUCUACCGAGUGAGUUCCAGGACAUCCAGGGCUACAGAGAAACCCUGUCUUGAAAAAUCAAACAAAUAUCCAUAGCCAGUGGAGACAUCCCAAACUUAUUUUACUACCCACUUAUGGGUUGUGAUGUACAAUUUCAGAGAUAAAGCACCCCAAGCUCUAGAGUUAAA